GUAACUAUAGCAUCGCAUGAUAUCUUCCAAAUGCGUGACAUGCGUGACGCUGGAGGUGCACUAGGCCCUGUGGAUGGCACGAAUCCACAAUUGCACAAUCUAACAUGCUCGAUGACCUUUGUCGAACCAGACGACGUGAUUUUCAUCACUUCGGAUGGCGUAUCUGAUAACUUCGAUCCGGUGGUUGGGAAGUUCUGUGUUAUCAAGAAAACAGAAUAUGACAAUAAAGAAAAUAACGGCAUUGUUAAGCCUGUUCAAAUUUCAACGAGUGCAGCCAACAAUGAGAAUGGAAACGACUGGGAAUUCAGCCGUACUCGAGCGUGUAACGCUACAUUGCCGUGUGUAGAUGCCGAACAACGGCAUGAACUGAUGUUGUUGAGGUGA